UCGCUGGUUCUUAUAGUUUCAUGAGUUUGUAUCGUUGAACCUUUAAUUCUUAAGUCACUGUAAGGAGUGGGAUGCGACGGGAGUCGUUGUCGCAGCAUUAUGAUGGAAGGUGAGAGAUGAAGACUUUGGUGGUGUUUGAUUUCGACCACACUGUGGUCGAUGACAACAGUGAUACCUGGGUGGUCAGAUGCCUUCCAGGUCAGACUCUCCCUGACUCUGUGAAGAAUUCCUACAGAAAAGGCCACUGGACUGAGUUCAUGGGCCGAGUGAUGAACUACAUAGGAGACCAGGAGGUCAGCCCUGACAGGGUCCGAAGUGUGAUGGAGACCAUCCCCUUCACAGCUGGAAUGACAGACUUGCUGACAUUCAUAUCACAGAAUAAAAGCACCAUCGACUGCAUCGUCAUCUCAGAUUCCAACACCAUGUUCAUAGAGUGGAUUCUUCACGCAGCCAGUCUCCAGGUGGCUGUUGAUCAGGUUUUCACCAACCCAGCUAAGUUCAACGAGCUCGGGUACAUGGAGGUGCAGUGCUACCACUCUCACGAGUGCAAUCGAUGCCCCGUCAACCUCUGUAAGAGGAAAGUCCUGGAACUUUACUUGUCCGGGCGCUCUGAUGGAGGUGUGGAGUAUGAGCGUGUAUUUUACGUGGGCGAUGGCGGGAAUGAUCUCUGCCCUACUUCCUGUCUGAGGAGUCAUGAUGUUGUGAUGCCCAGGAAGGGGUACACCCUGGAGAAACUGCUGGCCAAACGUGAAGGACAGGUACACGACGCUUCUUUGAGAGCCAGAGUCCUUGCAUGGAGCAGCGGCACAGAAAUCCUCCAGGAACUGAAGGCAACUAUGCAGUUGUAGGAAGCGCCCAUGUAGAAAAAUAUUUUGCUGACUUCUCUGUUGUAACGGAAACAUUGCAAAUGUUUAGUCAGCAAUGAAGGGUGCUCUUGCUGUUCCCUGCAGUAUUUUUUGAAGUGUUUAUCAUUUUAAAAGUAAAGGUAAAAUCAAGGUUUUGUCUGUUGAUCAGAGGUGGAUGUGGGGAAUGCGGGUAAUUUAGCUCAAUUACAAAUCAUAUACAUCACUGAAACAAUGGUUGCUUUCUUGCUAAGAAUCAGAUGAGGAGACUGAUACCUCUCACAUGUCUCAAUAUAAAGCUACAGCAGUGGUGAGCUUAGCCCAACAUAAAGACUGGAAGCAGGGUGAAACAAGGAGCCUUGCCCUUUACAAAGGGGAAAAAAAUCAGCAUCUAAGCAGUAGGGGUGUGAGAUAUUUAUCAUCUAAGAUAAUAUCUUAAUUGUUGUUUUAACAAUGUGGGGGCUCACAUUAUCUAGUAUUGGUAAGAGGCACAUGGAGUGAGCGCUCCUCUCCACUAGCCCAAUAUUUGAAGACAAUAAAUCCUUUUUCCAGCGUUCUAGAGAUCACAGAGCCUGCCUUCUCAUUCCCGGUGCGUGGGUCUCUCAGCCUUAUCUCUCUCUCAUUCACCCACACUCGUUCCGGACAGAGAGCCCAGCUCCACCAGUGGUCUAAUUAUCGUUAUCUGCAGAUCCCAGAAAAAAAA